AUGAGGCUAAUUCCUAUCCUGCUCCUCUGCUCUGGGCUCCUGCCAUGUUUAGCGCAGGAAGAAGAUGCCCAGGAACUUGACUGCAAUGAUGAGACUGUGUUUCUGGCUGUGGAUGCUGCUCUGAAGAAGUACAAUGCUGGGUUACAAAGCGGCAACCAGUUUGUGUUGUACCGCGUGACCGAGGGCACUAAAACGGACGGCUCUGAAACAUUUUAUUCCUUCAAGUAUCAAAUCAAGGAGGGCAACUGCUCGGUUCAGAGUGGCGUCACCUGGCAGGACUGCGACUUGAAGAACGCUGAGGAAGCCGCCACUGGAGAAUGCACAGCAACUUUGGGAAAGAGAGGAAAUAAAUUCUCCAUAGCCAGCCAGACCUGCAAUAUUACUUUAGGUAAGGGCCCCAUAGUGACAGACGAGUACCACUGUCUGGGUUGUGUGCACCCCAUAUCAACAGAUAGUCCAGACCUGGAGCCUGUUAUGAAACAUGCCAUCGAACAUUUCAACAACAAAACAGAUCAUAGCCACCUCUUUGCUCUCAGAGAAGUGAAAAGUGCCAACAGACAGGUGGUGGCUGGUAUAAAUUUUGACAUCAUCUAUUCAAUCGUGCAAACAAAUUGUUCAAAGGACCGUUUUCCUUCCCUCCAUGAAUACUGCGUGUCCCUUCCUAAUGGUGAUGAUGGUGAGUGCAGAGGUAAUGCCUUUGUGGAUAUGGAUAACAAAAUUGCAGACUUCUCACAGAGCUGUGACCUUUAUCCAGGACAUGAUUUGGUAGAACCACUUCCCAAGCACUGCCCUGGCUGCCCCAAGGACAUACCUACAGACAGCCCAGAGCUGAAGGAUGCACUUGGUUAUUCCAUUGCACAGCUAAAUGCAGAGAAUAACCAUACUUUCUAUUUCAAGAUUGACACUGUGAAAAAAGCAACAUCACAGGUGGUGGGUGGAAUAAAAUAUGUUAUUGAGUUCAUAGCCAGAGAAACUAAAUGUUCCAAGGAAAGUAACACAGAGCUGACAGCUGAUUGUGAGAUCAACCACGCUGGUCAAAGUCUCAACUGCCAUGCUAACGUGUACAUGAGACCUUGGGAGAACAAAGUCUUCCCGACUGUCAAAUGCCAAGCAUUAGAAAUGACCACAAUGAUGAGAAGGCCUCCCGGCUUUUCACCUUUCCGGAGCAAUCCAGGACAAGAAACAAAAGAAGGAACAACUGUAAGUCCACCCUACAUUGCCAGGGUGCAAGAAGAGAGGGAUCCAGAAAAUGAACAAGGACUCACACAUGGGCAUGGCAGGAUGCAUGAAAAGCAAAAAAAGGCUAAGAAUCACCGUGGUCAUAAGCAUGGGCACGACCAUGGCCAUUUUCCUCCAAAGAGGCAUGGCCAUGGACACCAGAAACCACAUGGUCUUGGUCAUGGGCAUCAACUGAAACUUGAUUAUCUUAAACACCAAAGGGAAGAUGGCUAUGACCAUACACAUACAGUGGGACAUGGUCGUGGUCAUGGUCUUGGUCAUGGUCUUGGUCAUGGUAAACACACAAAUAAAGACAAAAACAAUGUAAAGCACACUGACCAGAGAACAGAGCCUUUGACAAGCUCUUCUGAAGACAGUACUACAUCUACACAGUUACAUGGGAGGACAGAAGGGACCACCUUGGACCCUCCCCUAGCCCAGCCAACUGUUACCUCUUCUGGUUUUCAGGACUCAGAUUUUAUUGAAGGUGUGGUAGCUACCACACCACCUUACGACACUGAGAUCCAUGAUGAUUUGAUCCCUGCUAUCCAUGUACAACCAGAUAGCCUUUCAUUUAAGCUGAUAUCUGAUUUUCCAGAAACAACUUCCCAAAAAUGUCCUGGGCGCCCAUGGAAGCCAGUUAGUUGGAAGGAUCCAAACACAGAAACAACAGAAUUUUCUGAUUUUGAUCUUCUUGAUGCUCUUUCUUAA